GCAGCUCAUUUGACUAUUUAUCCCCUCUGGUAUCCCCCGUCUCUGAGCAACUUAUGUCUUCAUUUCCCGAUUUUAUUAACGCUAAUAAAGAUAAUAAAAAUCGUGCAACAUCAACAAGCAUUUCACAACCAAGUUAGCUAUGUCUCCCAGCAAGCCAACCCUCGUCAUCGUCCACGGCGGAUGGCAUGUUCCCGAGAGCUACGAGAAGCUCAUCGUUGCACUUGAGGCAGCUGGCUAUGAGGUUCAUUGUCCACGUCUCCCAUCCAUGAAUCAGGUACGCGCUAGUUUUCUCCUGGAUGUCAUGAACCUCUGCCCUACGGUUAUCAGAACUUCUUACCAGUCUACUAACUCCCGCAAAUUUUAGAGCCGACCCCCCAAUGCCGAUUUAUACACCGAUUCAGACUUGAUACGUGCCUACGUCUCAAGUCUUGUGCGUGCCGGACGAACAGUCAUUGCUCUCAUGCACUCUUAUGGAGGGCAGGUAGGGAGCAAUUCACUCGUUGGGCUCGUUAUUGAGAGCUGUGCUGCACUUGGACUUGCUGGAGGCGUUUCCCAUCUUAUCUACAUGGCUGCAUUCGCUAUGCCAGAAGGGGUUGGGAUGAUGGAUAAGGUUAAGGAGUUUGGCCAUAUGGACCUUGUAUCCAUUGCAGUCAACUUUGACGAGGACAAUACAUGCCUAAGCAACGACCCAAAGACGUAAAUAGUUGGUCCUACCACCGUCGAUGAGGCUGAGGUUGAAAAGCAUUUGUCGACGCUGGUGCGCUGGAAUGGGAAGGGAAUGUACCUACCUAUCAAGCACGCUGCCUGGCGUGAGAUUUCGGUUGGGUAUAUUUAUUGUACGGCCGACAUGACUGUGCCAUUCGAUUAUCAGAAGAGCUUUGUCGAAGAGAUGAAGAAGACUGGUCGUGAGGUUCAAACCUUCGAACUUGCUACGGGGCAUUGUCCUAACUUGACAGCAACUAAGGAGGUAGUUGAUGCGGUCAACAAGUUUAUAGAGGGGUAGGAAGCUAGUUCAUAG